ACAAGAUGGCGGAUACAUACGCCCCCAUCCCCCCCUUCGAGGCUCCGUUUGACCUAUGACCCCACAACGUAGUGCGUCCCCCCGGCCGGCACACGUGGUAGGGGCGGCCGGCUGACGGCGUGGAAGCAUGGCGGAGUCGCGCGUGGUGCCCAGCGACCUGUUCCCGCUCGUGUUCGCCUUCCUGCGCGACAACCACUUCGAGGGGGCGGCGCGGGCCUUCGGCAGGGCGGCCGGAGUGACAGACCAGGAUCCUAAUGCUGCUUCUCUCUUGGAUGUCUUCAACUACUGGCUGAAAUCCCCUGAUGCUAAGAAACGGAAGGCUGUUCCCAAUGGACCCCCUGCAAAGAAGUCCAAGAAAGAAUCUUCCUCGAGCAGUGAUGAGAGCUCCAGUGAAGAAGAUGAGAAAACCACAGCCAAGAAGCCAGCAGCUAAGUCAGCGCCUGUGCCGAAGGUGAUAGCAAAGGCAGCGGCUCCUGCCAAAAAAGCAGAGAGCAGCAGCGAGGACUCCAGCGAUGAUUCGGACUCUGAGGAGGAAGAAAAGAAGCCAGCACAGAAGGUAACCAAAGCCCAGGCCAAGCCAGCUGCCACCAAAACCCAGCCCCAGAAGACGGCUAAGAGCUCCUCCAGCUCAGACUCCAGCAGUUCAGAAGAUGAAAGACCAAAGAAACAGCCGCAGAAGCAAGUGGCAGCCAAAACAGCAGCAAAAUCAGCAGGAAGUAAAGCUGCCCGCAAAGCAGCCAAUGGCAAGGCAGAAAGCAGCAGCAGCAGUAGCAGUAGUGUGGAUUCUGACAAGGAAAAGGCUGCAUCAGCAAAGGCUGUUCCCAAGAAAACACCACUGCCCAAACCUGCAGCCACCCUGGCACCCCCAGGUAAAGCAAGAGCCCCUGCCAAAGAGAGCUCCAGCAGUGAGGACUCUUCUGACAGCUCGGAGGAUGAAAAGCCAGCCUCAAAAUCAAAGCCGAAGCCCGGUCCAUACAGUGCGGUGCCACCCCCAAAGGUCUCAGAGCCAAGAAAGGGCAAAGCAAAGCCCUCUCUUGCAAAGGCUCCUGGGAAAAAGGCCGAGAGCAGUGACUCCUCAGACAGCAGCUCAGACAGCAGCGAUGAAAUGGAGCAGGCGCCCAAGAAGGGAACGACAGCCAAAGCAAGUCUGGCUAAAAAAAAACCUGCCCCAACACCCACUGUGACCAUCAAGAAGGGUGGAUCCAGUUCGGACAGUGACUCCGAUUCCAGUUCUGAGGAAGAGAAGGUAGUGACCAAGCUCACUGCCAAAUCACUUGCAGCGAAGGGUCCUGCCAAACCGGCGAAGGGUCCUGCCAAGCCAGGACAAGCAAAGAAAGGCUCCAGCUCCUCCUCGGACAGCUCAGAUUCUGACAGCUCUGAGGAUGAGACCCCUGCAAAGCCUCCAGUCAAACCAGCUCCACCUGCAGCCAAGAAGCCUCCUGCUGUGGCAAAGAAAGCCCAGAGCAGCUCUGACUCAGAUAGCAGCUCUGAGGAAGAGAAGAAAGCCCCUCCAGCUAAGCCAGCCAGCAAGACAGCUAAGCCAGGGUCCAAACCCUGCACCCUGGGCCCCAAAGACAGCAGCUCAGAUUCUGACAGCUCAAGCAGUGAGGAGGAGCAGAGCAAACCAGCAGUGAAACCAGCCAGCAAAUCACCAGGGGGCACUAAAGCUGCUGCAGGGAAGAAAGCAACUGCCGCUACCAGUAGCAGCAGCUCGUCUGACAGUUCCAGUGAUGAUGACGAGAAGCCCAGAACAGCAGGGACUCCAGUCGCCGGGUUGAAGUCAGGGAAUGGGGCACAGAACAGCUCCAGCUUGGUGAAAGAGAAACCAAAGGCUUCAUCCACACCUGCAGCCAAAUCGCCGGCUACAAAGAAGCCAGAGCCCAAGCCAGCUGGUGGCAGUGAGAGUAGCUCCGAGAGCUCCAGCGAGGAGAAGGGAAAAGCAAAUGGAGCAGGUUCGAUUAAGAAGAAGCGGAAGAGCGAAGAUGACCAGGAAUUGGAGACACCAGACAGUAAGAAGAUUAAGACCAAGACCAGAACGCCACACUCAUUUCCCAAGGUGAAGCAGCCAGCUGUUCCAUUCCGACGAGUAAGAGAGGAAGAGAUCGAGGUGGAUUCCCGUGUAGCUAACAACUCAUUCGAUGCAAAGAAAGGAGCUGCAGGCGACUGGGGAGAAAAGGCCCACAACGUACUGAAAUUCACCAAAGGCAAAUCCUUCCGCCAUGAGAAGACAAAGAAGAAAAGAGGCAGUUACUGCGGAGGUGCUAUUUCUACCCAGGUCAAUUCCAUCAAGUUUGAAAGUGACUGAGCUGCAGUUGGCUUGGGAGUCCAUACCCCAUCUGUCCCCCAAAGCCAGCUGGAUGGGCAUGUGAACAGAAUGGACAUGGUAGACCCCAAUCCUGCCUGGAACUUAAUCCUCCCCGCUCUCUUGUGGGGAGAAGGUAGCCCUUGCCAUAGAAUGUGGAAGAGUGGCUCGAUGCUCCCACGUUAUUUCUGACUAAUUCUGGCAUAGCGCCUGGUAAGAGCCUUCUUAGAGCUGGUGACACCAGAUCCUACCCGAGUGUCCUAAUUUUGUACAGUUUUAUUUUAAAAGGCUGGUGGUGCCAUGGAGUUCAGGUUCCCGCCCACCUUGUAAAGCAAAGAAAAUUUAUAUUUUCAAUGAAUCCGUUUCUUUCUUUUCUAGCCAGUUUAACUGUUGAGACCUGUGAAAUUUAAAGUACUGUAGCUUGUUUGUGGCUAGGUCUGAGUGACCUGCGGUUACAGCUCCCUCGCUGUGCACCUCCAGCUUUACAAAGCACAGCUCUAGAGGGGCAGAGUUUCUUCUACUUCCCUCUCUUUAAGGCCCCCUCUUUCAGCGACUGUCUCUUCACCCAGGGCAGACCCUGCUGGUGCCAUUAGGCAGGGUCGCUAGAGAAGCAAAGUGCUUUUCAGCCAAGAGCAUGUUGCCAGCAGCGUGAGAAGCUCAGGGUUCAGGUUGCUAGGACUUCCCUCUCCCUCCUGCACCUUUGGCACUGAUGUCAGAAGCUCAAAGCCCCAAACUCUGGGGGAGUUUCAGAUGUGGUGUUCUUUCAUAGGGAAGGCACAGGCUAUGGAAGAAGUGGGGACACUCCUGGCUGCUUGGCCACUUUGGGGUUUGGAGAAUCCCUUGGCCCAAUAGAAAGGUUAAAGAGGCAGGACAGAUAAAGCCUCUGCCCCCAGCCCCCUUCCUCACCUAGCUCUCCACUCCCUUAACUCAGGGAUGUUCUGACAUCAAUGAUUUCCCCAAGUCCUCUCUAGGAAUCUGACUCCCCAACACAUGCUUUGUCCUAGCCAUGUGCAAUGCAGCUGGUGGGAGGUUGAGAUGAAUGUAACACGAUUUGCCUUAAACUUCUCCCCUUGGCUGGAUCAGUUGCCCUUUUCCUGCCUGAGGAGCCCCUUUGCAGAAGUAAAAUGCCUGUUGCCCUCUGUGCUUUAGUGUCUGAAAGACCUGGUGCCAGAAUGGAGACAGCAAGCAGAAGUUAGUCCUGGCUUUAAAUACAAGACAGGCAAGUUGCUGCAGCCUGAUCUCCAGCAUGGUUGAGAGCCUGAGGGCCAGGUAACCCAGGGCCUCAUUUCCAUCCUCCCUUUCCCUCCCAGCAGGAUGGAGCCCUACAGAUCUUAGACAGCUCUGCCCCCAGCGAAGGGCCCUGCUAUGGUAUGUGUGAGAAGCAGUGCCAGAUAAUUGAGUGUUGGAGGUGACUAACAAGCCACCCCCGUGUACAUUAACUUACUGCAACUUGUUGGAAGGAGUAUCCCAGCACCGCACCUUCAUGCUUGCAUAAUAAGCCUCAUCACUGGCUUCUUUCCAUGCAGCAAUGCACAUGCUCAGGAAACCAGGGCUAUUCUGGAGAGUUGGAGGGUGGGAAGAAAAUACCCUCUGCCUUCCUGGGUAGGCUUUUGGAGCAGAGUCCCAGCUGGGACCUGUCAAAUACCCUUCUCUGUCCUCCUCACCUGGCACGUGAAUGACUGAACUGUCAACAUUUUAAAGAGUUUUAAGUUUUGGGGGCGGGGGUUUGAUGUGUGAGCACACAAGUGUCUCCUACAAUAAAGAAGCUUGUGUUUGUAA